AUGCCUGCUAUCGAAGGAACUGCCGCCGGCAGCCGCUCUUCUCCUCUCUGGUCCAGCGACGAAGUCACUGUACUCUUCGUCCUCGGUGGUCCUGGUGCAGGAAAGGGCACUCAAUGUACAAAGCUCGUCAGCGACUAUGGCUUCAAGCAUCUCUCUGCUGGCGACCUGCUUCGUGAGGAGCAGGACCGUGCGGGCAGCGAGUUCGGCGAGAUGAUCAAGACAUACAUCAAGGAGGGCACCAUUGUGCCAAUGGAGGUCACUGUUCAGCUGCUGGAGAAUGCUAUGAAGAGUAGCAUUGAGAGUGGUGAGAACCACGGAAAAUUGUUCUUGAUUGAUGGCUUCCCACGAAAACUCGACCAAGCUCACGCAUUCGAGCGCUCUGUCUGCCCUUCCAAGUUCACCAUCUUUUUUGACUGCUCCGAGGCUGUCAUGGAGAAGAGACUUCUCCACCGUGGCGAGACAUCCGGCCGCGCGGACGAUAACCCGGAGAGUAUCCGAAAGCGCUUCAGGACAUUCGUGGAGACAAGCAUGCCUGUGGUCAAAGAGUUUGAAUUGCAGGACAGGGUUGUCAAGAUAAACGCGGAACAGGAGCCAGACCAGGUCUACCGGGAUGUGCAGGAGAAGCUCAAGGAGCGUGGCGUAAAGCCCAUCAAUCUUACAUUUGUACAGACACAGGCUUCAUAG